CGUCACGGAGGGCAGGCGGCGGCGGGGAGGGCGCGGAGCGGGGCCGCCGCCUGCCUCUGCGGGGGCCGCCCGGCGGCUGCCCGGCCCGCUGCCCGCCCCCGGCGGGGCGGUGGUUUGUCCAGGAAGCGCCGCCGCCGGUUCCUCCGCCGCCCCGAUCCGCUGCGGCAACCGCUGGGUAUCCAACUGCCAACAUGUCUAGCAAAAAAGCAAAGACGAAGACCACCAAGAAGCGCCCUCAGCGCGCCACUUCCAAUGUGUUUGCGAUGUUUGAUCAGUCGCAGAUUCAGGAAUUCAAGGAGGCCUUCAACAUGAUUGAUCAGAACAGGGAUGGCUUCAUUGACAAGGAGGACCUGCAUGACAUGCUUGCCUCCCUUGGAAAGAAUCCAACAGAUGAAUACCUAGAUGCCAUGAUGAAUGAGGCUCCGGGACCCAUAAACUUCACGAUGUUCCUCACAAUGUUUGGUGAGAAGUUAAAUGGCACCGAUCCGGAAGAUGUAAUCAGGAAUGCUUUUGCUUGCUUUGACGAAGAAGCAACAGGUA